GGAAACCACUGGUGCAGCAUAGAAGUCAUACCAAGCAUAGCCUGCGUGUCAGUGCAGUCGACUUACAGCUGGCUGUGAGGACAACUGACGCUACUCUCUUUUUGCUCUUUAUCACCGCGAUACUUUCACUCGUGUUUUUAAAAAAACUAUACAAAACGUAUUCAAACCUGGGAGUACCCAGUUUAAACCUUCGGUCAAAGGGUUUAUAAUUUAGAAAGGGGGGUUCUUCCAAACUAAAGUUGGAGGCUGGGCCUUUAGCUUUUUGACCAUCGACAGAGAAAAAAGAAGAAAAAAGCUGGUCUUUUUUUUUUUUUUUUAACAACUCGAUAAAUGCUUCUAACGAAAAUGGACCUGUUGAACUACCAGUACCUGGACAAAAUGAACAACAAUAUUGGCAUUCUCUGCUAUGAAGGUGAAGCAGCUUUGAGGAGCGAUCCCAGACUCCAGUCCCUUUCUCUAUCCUCAUCUUCCUCCUCCUCAUCGUCAUCCUCCUCCUCUUCUUCAUCAUCCUCCUCCCUUUGCAGCCACAGGACAGGUCCUCCUCCAAUCAGCCCGACAAAGAGGAAGCUGAGCGGGGACCAGGGGGACAGCGACAUGGACGACAAUGAACAUGUGGCCAAGAUGAGCCGACUGUUUGCUGCACAGCUGAAACCUAAUGGAGAUUACCGCAGCUCUCCCCUCUCCAAGGACCGCAGCCGAAGCCCCAUCGAGCGUGUGGUGGUGCCCAGUGCGCUGGGAGUCCAUGGCAACCACCUGUACAGCCACGCCCACCACCACCACCAUCACCACCUGGCCAGCUUAGGCAUGGACCAGCCACUGGCACUCACCAAAAACAGCAUGGUGGUGGAGUCUGCACGCAGCAGCACAGCAGUGAUGGCCUCAGUUCCGCACACAGUCAGCACCGUGGAGCGCCAGCAGAAUCGUCCGUCAGUAAUUACAUGCGCUCCAGCCAACAACCGCAACUGCAACCUGUCUCACUGUCCUGUUUCCCACAACGGCUGCUCAAGUCUCGCCAACAACUACAGGAGAAUCAACACUAACACAGCCUGUGACCCAGUGAUCGAAGAGCAUUUCCGCCGCAGUCUUGGAAAGAACUACAAGCAGCCCGAGCCUACUGCCACCAACUCUGUGUCCAUCACGGGCUCAGUGGACGACCACUUCGCCAAGGCCCUAGGCGAGACCUGGCUGCAGAUUAAAAACAAGGGGAGUCCCUCAUCUUCGGGUAGCAGCCCAAACUCCUCCCCCGACAGUCGCAUGGUCAAUCACAACCAUUCCCCUUCUGUGGUCUCCUGAACGAGGAGGGUUUCAGUGGGGUGAAUCCACUCGAUCCCCAGACCUCGAAAUUCAACCCCUUAUAAUGCCCCUGUCAAAUGUUCUGUCACCAGCAUACCUGAGGGAAUGCCUGCCUGCUGGUCUGCUAAAAACACCCUCAACCCUCAGUCCUGCACUCUCUUUCUAUGCACUCAUAGAGGAAAAAUCAAGCAAUAACAUGAUGGUCAUUUCUUUUCCCCUUCUGUGCCCUGGUUUGUUAAAGCUGGACAGUAAUCAGUAAUGAGCGAUGAGGGUUCAACGUUUGGACUUGACUGGAGCAUAGCGCUGCUCCAUCCAACAAUUCAUCAUCCCUUGAUGUCGAGCUCGGAGGUGAGCUAGCGUCUGUAGUUAUAUGUACAUAAAGAGAGAGGAGAAAGGCGGUGUUUUAAUUAUUAAUUUUCUUCUUUGUUUUUUGUUUUGUUGUUUCUUUAACAGUAGUUUUGUGAACUGCUUUUUGUGUUACGAGAUGCCCGACAAUUGAAAGAAAAGAUAAGCGAGAAACACUUUGGAUAAUAUUCACAAACCACCUGACUGUGCUACCAAAGAAAACCUCAGACACUGACGUUUAUCAAUGCCUUUUGAGAAAACAAAAACAACAACAACAACAAGCCACCAUUAUGUGGUCUACAUCCUCUGUUUGAUCAUCUUUCAUUCUCCCACCUUCUUCCCCUCUCCUGUGUGUGUGUUCUGGUGGUUUCGUUACUGCAUGUGUACACUUGGGUGAUCGGCUUGGUCUGAUUUGCACUACUGCUGUAGAGAAUAAAAAGGUGUUUCUUUGGAAAUCCAGCACUGCACACGGGGUCAAAAAUGUGCUUUUUCGGUCCCAAUCUACUAUAAUCCAGCCCUCUGUUGAUCUCUAUUUGAUCUCAAACCUACCUGGGCUUCACUUGAUCCUGGCAGUGACAGAGAAAGCCCACAUUGUAAAGCAUCCAUUAUGAAAUGUAUUUGAAAAAUUCAAAAAGUAGGCCUGGGCAGUAUGGAAUAUAUGGGAUACAGAUUUGGAUAGUGUAUGUUUAAUUAUGAAAUUAAUCAAAUGACAUACCUACGUGUUGAUGGAAAAAAAAACCAUGCUUACUAGGUAAGAGAAGGCUUGAAGUAGGUCUAAGGGACAAUUGUCUGAGACCAGAAAUAUCUAACAUCCAUCACCAUGGAUACGUGAUGUUUUACUCAGCUAUUUAUACUUACCAUAUAUUCAGAGGUGUUGUUAGAACAUAACCAUGAAAGUGUAAGGAAAAUGUAACAAAGUAUGGGUAUGCAGUGGCCGUGUAGGUGUAUGUUAAGAAGAAUGUUCAUCUUCAGUAUUCUGAACAAAUUGGAAAAGUAAAUGGAUCAAAUCAUCCAGCCCUACAAGACUAGAGGAAACUACUAACAAUUAAGUUAUCCUUGUACCAAUUAACACCACAUUACUUGGUACAAGCACAAUUAAUGAGACUUUAUCAAUUUAAAUUGUGCCAAUUUACCACCUUUUAUUUCACAAACACAGUCAGCUUAUUAAUGUGGUGUUGAUGGACAUCCCAGGCGUCUUGACAAGAGAUCAGGAAUGAAAACACAGUUGUACAAACCUGCAGCCUGUUGAAGGCAGUAGGCAGUAAGCUUUGAUGUGCUUCACAGACUUACCCGAUGACAGUGAUGAGGGGAUAGAUGACUCUGAACGUCACUUUGUGGUUGGGGCGGGGAGGGGGGGGGGACAAAAAAAACAUGUCUGGUUUCUCGACUGGGGGAGUGAAGAUUAUUCAGAUCUCUUCAAACACACCUUUGAUUUUGUAACUCUUUGAACACAGGUGUUUUUAUGUUUGGCUUCCACUCUGCUGUCCCUCCCUCUCCUUCACUCUGUACUUUGAUAGAUUUCCAAAAUGUUUGAAGGGUGAACUAAUGCUUUUACACAUGCACGUUGUUGUUUUUUUUCUGUUUUGUUUUUGAUAGCUGGUAUCUAUUAAUGUUUUUAAGCAUUUCAAAUUGUACUACUAUUAGCCUUUUCAUUCGGACGUUAGUUGUUACUUUCAUCAACAGUAACAGACAUAGACACUAUACACUCACUGCUGGGUCAGUUGUACUCCAUGUUAUUAUUGUUGUUGUUAUAUUACAGUUGUGUAUUUCUUGUUUUCCAUUAAUAUCAUUAUGGUAACAAACAUCUAUGGUGGGACGGCCUCUGGACAGGCUCUGCAUUUCCCAACACCACCUCAGCACAGGGGUCCAUCAGCUCGAUCCUGUGGCGGGGGAGGGGAUUGUUCUGUUGCUGAGUGGGUGUUGAUGGGAUGUGCAACUCAUAAUGGUUUCUAAAGAUGUUGAUUAAUCAGUGGUACAGGAUGCUACAACCUUCAGCAUGACUGAGCUGAGACACCAAACUGGCACAAGUUAGUCAGCAGGGCCGUGUUUUCCUGGAAUGCAUCAAAAUCAAGACGAAAUCGAGUUUAGUUUCAUGAACCUGUUUGGCUACAAUCUUUAAAUACACCAUUUUACUGCUAAUCUUUAACCCAGAUUAUUGCUGCAGUAUGAAAAGUAUUUCAUACAGGACAACCUAGAAUGAUGAUGCAUUCAGGAAACGUGGUGUUUUUGAAAGGACCUCUAAUGAAAUGUUUGUGUCCUGACUUGGUGUCCAGACAUUUUAUUUUGUACUUCAAUAUUUUUUUGUUCUGAACAACAUUGUGUUGUUGCUGCAGUCUGAGAAAAUGACUUGUACUUUGUGAAAGUCUGCGCCAUGGUGGCAUACAUUCCUCCUAUAGGGAACUUUGUACAGGCCUCACACACACACACUCAGAAUCUCCAUAUAACAACACAACCAGCCGUGGACUACAGCCCAAGAGUUCCCUCAGAUCUUGAUGCCUGAAUGGGAAAUGCAGGAAGUCCACUUUUGCUUUUUUCUUGUCAUUGAAAAACUUAGCCAUAAAUCAAUACCGCGUUAUAUGGAAACUAAGAAGUGCUUUGGAUUGAACAUAUCUGAGGACAUUCAGAGCAUGGAAUUUAGAGAAAAGGGGCUUUUAACAGUGGACCGUGGGAAUCGUAAUAAAGUAGGCUUAGGUUAUUUGUUUGGUUCAGGUCAUUUUUAUAAAGCAUUAUAAGUUCAUCUGUUACAAAGUUCUCUAAGUGGAAGCAUGUUCUAGAAUGUCCACACAUUCCAUCCUCUACUAUCAGAGCAGAUGUGACUGAACCAGAACUGAUGGUUAAGUUCUAGAAUCUUCUGAUACACUAUUUGAAUCUCAUAAUUACAGGUGACAGGUUCAGAGUGGUCUGGAUGGAUCAGGACUUUUAUUUUAUUUUAGCUGGCAGGUUUGGGGGCAGCACAGCUUCAGGAGCUGAGCUUCUGUAAGCACAAACUUGUGAGCCAGGAGAUGCUCAGCUGCCGCUUAGUCUUUUUCCAGGACUCACAGCGCUGCCUCCCCUCCUCUCAGAUUCAGUUGACCCUGAUUUAAGUGUGGAUGUUGUUCGCAACAUGCUUGAAAACAUGGGGGAAAGGGUUCAGUGUCCAUUUAGUUUUUCUAUUAUUAUUCUUUCUCAUUAUCAUUUCACUACCACCCUGUAGGUAGGAGGCUCUCUUUCUGCUUUGGCACACACUCCCUACAUACUGUAGGAAAUCACUUAAUAAAAAAAAAAUACUUUUUUAUAAUAGGUAACUAUAAAGACCAUCAUUACGCUGUGCGUAACGAAUGUACAGAGAAAAAAAUCGUAGGUAUUUUUUGAGGAACAAUUAAUUUGUUAAUGAUAUGUAGCUAUUUAAUUGUUGGUUUUCCCUGUCCUUAUAUUGUAAUCAUUGCAUUUUUUUUCUUUUUGUGAAAAAAGUUGAUCUUUUUUGUUUAAAGAGUUUGUUGUGUUAGAGUAAAGGUUCAAGUGCAGGAACACAGUAAAUGUAUGAAACCACAACAAGCCACCAGUGUGAGAAACGCUACUUCCAUUCAUCCCCAAUGUUCUGCAGCGCUCGAUUGUACAACAUCUGAUCAAAAGUUUGAAGAGGAGGUGCUUGUUCUUAAGAAAUGUGCACGUUUUGCAGAACAGAAUUAGUUUGAUACUAGCCCAGUGACUCUUGCCAUCCAAGAGGCUAAGAGUUUCCAUUGAACUAUUUAAAAAAAAAAAAAUCUAAUAAACCACAACAGUAGACUUGGGCUAUAAGGCAGGUCAGAUGUCCACCUCUGCAUGUGAGCAAUAUACAUUGUGUGGGUCGAGGUCUACAAAUGGGAACUGUGAGUCAAGUAAAACCAUCAGACGGUUGGAAGAUUUGUCAGUCUUCAAGUUCAUUGAAAUUAAAAUGUUAGAAUUGGACUGAUGAACAUCUUUAAAUGUUUUCAAGUUCAUCUUCUUAGGCAGUCAAUGAAGCUGAGAUGAUUUACUGAUAACAGCGUUGGGAUUUUCACUGAUAUGAAUCUGAUGUUCCUGUUCCCAUCUGUGGAGGCCAUUUUGCUUUCAUCAUGAUCAAGUGAAAACUGUGCAGAUAAAUCAAAAAGGAGUUGGUCUGUAGUCAAACUGUACUACAAUUCCCAGGUCCUUUUUUGAAGUGGAAGUAGCUUGUACUUAGUGGUAGUAAUACUCUGAACUGUAAAACAAAAAAUGUAUCAAGAAAACUAUUUGUGGCGCUGUGUCUCCUACUAAAAAGGUUUUGGCAGGCCACCUUUUUUGUACGUAAAGUAGCCUUGAUGAACAAUAAAAUGCUUUUAAACUAC